UUACAAUGUAUCUGAGAACUAUUAUUAGUAGCGUUUUUGUUUAUUUGUGAAAUGAUAUUUGUCGUAACGGAUGCGGUAGACUUUUUGAACUAUAAAUAAUGUAACCGAGAGUAUUAGAUUAAAUAUAGAACCGCAGGUGAAGCCAAUAUUUUAAGACUUCAUACGUAACUCGACGUUAGCGAAUACUAUUUCUUUACAUUCCACAAAGAUUUCUUUUGAGGUGUUUCGCUUAUGACUUAUUAGAUAAUAAAGAUACUUAAAUCAGACCUGUUAUAAUCUAAAAUAACAGUUAUGUAUAAGCUUAAACAUAUAAACGCUGUAAAGACCGGUGAUCUUAUUCUAUCGGAAGAACCAUUUGCCUAUGUUUUAUCGUCCAAAGAAAAGGGAAGUCGGUGUGAUUUCUGCUUAGAAAAAGGAAAGGUGUUGAAAUGUUCUGGCUGCCAAUUUGUCCACUACUGUAAUAGAAGUUGUCAGAAAGAUGCCUGGGAAGAUCACAAGUGGGAGUGCGCUAAUUUAAAGAGGAUAGCUCCUAAAACUAUACCUGAUGCAGCUCGUCUUCUCGCCAGGAUACUGAAUCGUCUUCAACGUGGUAACGGCGGUGCUCAUAAGGCUUAUUAUACACCGACUUCGUUCAGGGUGUGGAAGGAUCUCAUGUCGCAUUAUUCCGAUCUUAAAUCUGACAAGAAAAGAAUGGAUCAUUUUUCUACCCUCUGUAUAGUGCUGUUCGAAUACUUGAAGGACAUCUCAUUACCGAACACAGCUGAUCUCAUGGGAUUGUACGGAAGAAUGGUGAUAAAUAGCUUUACAAUAUUGGAUAUUGAGAUGAAUUCUAUAGGAACGGGGAUCUAUCUGGCCUCGUCUGUAAUAGAUCAUAGCUGCGAUCCAAAUGCUGUAGCCGUCUUCGAUGGAAAGACCAUCAACAUAAGAGCUUUGAAAGACAUGAAUUGCUUGGAUUGGAAAAAGAUUAGAAUAUCUUACAUCGACCUGAUGAAGACGCCUUAUGAACGUCAAAUGGAACUGCGUCAGAGCUACUACUUCCUGUGCCAGUGUGACAGGUGCUUGGACGAAAACCGGAUAAAAUACGUGCACGCGGCUAAAUGUCUGAAAGACGGAUGUGAACAUCCUGUAAAUAUAAAAUGGCGGGAAAAUUUGAAAUUAGUUGAAAAGAUAGAAAAGGAGAAGGUAAAAGAAAAUGGCGCCGGUGAUAGGAUAGUGAGUAAUGGAUGCAGUGAACCGAUAUUUAAUGGAAUUCUGCCACUGCCUGAUGGAUCUGUGUAUUGUGGGAAAUGUGGUACUGAGUUUAUGAGGAAUGAUCUCGACAAGUUCAUGAGGACGAUGGAGGAGAGUGAGGUCAACUUGGAGAAUAUGAAAGAGACUUCAGUUGCUUAUGUCGACAUAUGCAAGCAGUGUUUAGAUAAACAAGAGGGCGUGUUGCAUCCCUUGAACGUUAUGUACGCGCAGACUUUGGACAACGCCUUCGACGCUUUAAUCCUGGUCCAGCUGUGGGAACAAGCCUGUGUUUAUGCUGAGAAAUUAAUACCAUGCUUCAGGUUUUAUUAUGGCGAAACGCAUCCACUGUUGGGACUGUUGCAUAUAAAGUAUGGGAAAAUAUUGCUGUAUAAAAUGAACCUGGCGGGAGCGUUGAAGCAGUUCAAAUGUGCCGAGAAGAUAAUAAAGAUAACGCAUGGAGAGAAACACCCGCUGUACAAAAACCAUCUACUGCCGCUGAUGUACCAAGCUAUAGUCGAAUCGGAGUAAUAAAAGUAAAAGUCGAUUAAAUUGUCAUCAAGCAAUACAGCUGUGUGCAAUGUAUUAAUUCUGCCUGAAUAAAAAUGUAAAUAGA